ACUUAAAAAGAAAAAUUGCUUCAUUUUCUUCUGUUUGUUUUCCAAGAAAGCCAAGGAAAAUGCAACGAAAGAAAAGAAAAGCAAAUUUUGAUUUUGAAUCUUGUGUGUGUAUUGUCCUACGUGGUUUAGGUUCUGAGAAUUGUCAAGAACUCAAGUCAAUUAGGUUUAGUUGUCUGGAGCCUUUUGUUUUAUGGGUUUCUAAACAGUGCAAAACCUGAGAUGGGGAGUUUUGAUUGGCUUGCUUUCUGCCGUUCCCUUACAACCUCACGUACCAAUAUUUAGCGUCGGAUCUUUGUGAGAGUGUCACAUGGGUUUUUUGAUUUGUUCUAUCCAUUUCCUCUUAGAUACCGAGAUUUUUUUUCUUUUUUUUUUUGGCGAUCCCAUGGUAGUUGUUUCAUAAAAUAUCGUAUUUUUCUUGAGAUCUCACUUUUUUCAGCUAUUUGAUGAAAUAAGGCUCCGGUUGGCUGCUGGGAAAAUUUAGGGAAAUCGGACGAAUUGACAUAAUUCAAUAAUUUGACUGUCCCUGGCGUUGGGGGUGGGGGGCGGCGGAAUAGUGUGGCUCAAAUCAAUGGGGAAAACUUAAGUUUUAACUUUCAUUUGCAUUAAUAUUCUCGGCAAUCAAACAAUGGUGAGUUUGAGUGCAUUUGCUUUCUUGUUUUCGGAGCUUGUCCAGUACAAUCAAGCACAGGUCGAUAACAUUGCUGAAUUGGAAAGAAGACUGGAGGAUGCAGGCUACGCUGUUGGGGCCCGAGUUCUAGAACUCCUUUGCCAUAGGGAUAAGGGAAACAGAAGGGAGACACGACUAUUGGGUAUUCUUUCUUUUGUACACAGUACAGUAUGGAAGGUGUUAUUUGGGAAGGUAGCUGACUCACUUGAGAAAGGUACUGAGCACGAAGAUGAAUACAUGAUCAGUGAGAAAGAGCUCCUGGUUAAUAGAUUUAUCUCAAUACCGAAAGACAUGGGAACAUUCAACUGUGGUGCAUUUGUUGCUGGCAUUGUAAGGGGCGUUUUGGAUAGUGCAGGUUUUCCAGCUGUGGUAACAGCUCACUUUGUACCUAUGGAGGGUCAACAACGACCUCGGACAACUAUUUUGAUUAAAUUUGCUGAAGAGGUACUGAGAAGAGAAGCAAGAUUGGGUUGAUGCUUGUGCCAAGAUCAUCUUUAUGUAAUAUUCAUCAGUGUUCCACAACAGUAUAGGAUGGGGAAGGAUGAAACUUUUAGCAGGUUUUUCAAAACCAGUUGGGAUUUGCAGCUGGGCUCUAUCAUUAUAUUGGGCUGUGUGAACCUUAGUUGCCAAGGAGAUUUGAUGUAAAUUGAGUGUCAUCAUCAUUUGUCAUCAUCUUUAUAUGAACUCUAAAUGAUUGUUUUAAGUAACAAACAAAUUUCAUACUUUCCAAUAUUUGUUGUAGAUCUGCAAAACUGAUUUAAAUGGGGUUGCCUUUAUGUUUUUGGAUUUAAUUAGCAGCUGAAGGUAAAGACAAUAAUUUCAAAGGAGCUAUAUUGCAAUUUUGAUGA